AUGAUUUCUUUACACCCGCCCUCCUCCUCCUCCUCUUGCUGGCUGCCCCCACGCUUCGACGACGCCACGUGGGUGGCCCCACGCUUCGACGACGCCACGUGGGUGGCCCCACGCUUCGACGACGCCACGUGGGUGGCCCCACGCUUCGACGACGCCACGUGGGUGGCCCCACGCUUCGACGACGCCACGUGGGUGGCCGCACGCUUCGACGACGCCACGUCGGUGGCCGCACGCUUCAACGACGCCACGUGGGUGGCCGCACGCUUCGACGCCACGUCGGUGGCCGCACGCUUCGACGACGCCACGUCGGUGGCCGCACGCUUCGACGACGCCACGUCGGUGGCCGCACGCUUCGAUGACGCCACGUCGGUGGCCGCACGCUUCGACUCCUCCUCCACGCCGCACGCCUCAACGACGCUGCACGCCUCAACGACGCCGCACGCCUCGACGCCGGCGCACGUUUCAAUGCAGCUCGUCGGCGCCCGCACGCUUCAUCGCAGCUCGUCAGCGGCCGCACGCUUCAUCGCAGCACGUCGGCGGCCGCACGCUUCAUCGCCCCACAUCGAGGUCAGUCCCAGACACAUCCUCAUCAAGAUCGGUUUCAGACCCACAAUUAGAUCCAGAAACAUCACCAGAUGCAGUUCCAUGUUUAUCAGCAUCGAGCACAGGCAGUUAAUUGUUGGAAUCUACAUCAGAUUCUUCCUCACUGCUUUCUUAGAGCAGCUGGAACAUCUCACGCCUUCUUUUCCUCCAUAG